CCUUCCAUUCUAAAUGAAAGCUUUGCUGGAUAGAGCAAUCUUGGAUGUAGGUCCUUGCCUUUUAUGACUUGGAAUACUUCUUUCCAGGGGGGCUGGUCUUUCUUGAUUCUGCUGCCUUAGUUUUCCUGAGGGGACGUAACUCCAGGAGGGAGGUUCUGGAUGACCUAGUUUCUGGGGAGUGGGGACAAGAACAAGGCCUGGACCAUGGUCAUGGCUGGCUGUCUUCCCCAUGCCUCACACAGCUCUUGGAGUGGUGUCAAGGGCUUCAGAGUCCCGAUUCUGACAGACUCAGGGGCUGGAGCAGUCUUCAGGGUGGAUAACCUGUUGCCUUGCCCUCUGGGGUCUCUGUGGAAAUGGGAGCCAGGAGUUCUGGCACCAACUCUGGAGGGGGCGGGACCCAGUGCAGUCUGGCCCCUCCCUGGACCAGGGCCUCAAAUACCUGCCUGUGCGCAGGCAUCAGAGCUGUUGUCAGACCAAGCCCUUGAAGUCUGCCUGGAACCACAGACACACUCCUAUCCUGGACCUCAGAACCCUACCUGAGCCCAAAUCCUGAGUCUCUGAUACAACGCCAUUCACAUCUCAGGUGAGUCUGGGAGCUGGGCUGAGUCUGGGGCUCGAUUAAUGGGGUGUAUUUGGACUUCAGUUUCCUGACAGCUUAGGAGGAGGUCUGUGAGCCCAGCGCACAACCCUGAGAGACCUGGAGAACGCAGUGGGGAGGUUGCAUCUUGGCACCAGCCAUCACUGGGCAGCAUACCCUGCCAGGCCCUGGCGUAGGGGAAGGGGAGAGGUGGCUGAGUGUGUCUGACUCCAGGUCCACGCUCUUGUCUACCCCUCCCAGCCUACUUGCUCUGUGAAAUGGACCGGCCCUGGGCCCUACUAUCCGUGCUCUGGGCUCUGGGGGCCACCACGGCAGUGGCGCUGCGCAUUGGAGCCUUUAACAUCCAGAGUUUCGGAGACAGCAAAGUGUCAGAUUCGGCUUGUGGCAGCAUCAUUGCGCAAAUCCUGGCUGGCUAUGACAUCAUGCUCGUGCAGGAGGUGCGAGACCCGGAUCUGAGCGCAGUCUCUGCGCUCAUGGAGCAGGUUAACAGUGUGUCCAGUCACGAGUACAGCUUCGUGAGCAGUGAGCCCCUGGGGCGGGACCAGUACAAGGAAAUGUACCUGUUCGUUUAUAGAAAGGAUGCGGUGUCGAUCGUAGACACGUACCAGUACCCGGACCCGGAGGACACCUUCAGUCGCGAACCUUUCGUGGUCAAAUUCUCAAUCCCUGGCUCCGCAGCUGCUAAGGAGUUGGUGCUGGUUCCACUGCACGCUGCGCCACACCACGCAGUAGCAGAGAUCGACGCGCUCUACGAUGUGUACCUGGACGUGAUCGACAAGUGGGGCACUGAUGACAUGCUGUUCCUGGGCGACUUCAACGCCGACUGCAGCUAUGUGCGGGAACAGGACUGGGCGGCCAUUCGUCUGCGCAGCAGCGAGGUCUUCAAGUGGCUCAUUCCAGACAGUGCUGACACCACGGUGGGCAACUCAGACUGUGCCUACGACCGUAUUGUCGUCUGUGGCGCCCACCUGCGCAGGAGCCUGAAGCCCCAGUCAGCCGCUGUGCACGAUUUCCAGGAGGUAUACGGCCUGGACCAGACACAGGCCCUUGCCAUCAGCGACCAUUUCCCUGUGGAGGUGACUCUGAAAUGCCACUGACAGUUCUGAGAACUGGCCAGGGCAUGCUGCCUGCAGAGUGGCCACGAGGAACAGCCCCACAAGGCCCCUUCAGGGUAGCUGGCCUGCCCCCAGCAAGUCUGCAGGGCAGGGCCAACUGGGCCUGGACAGGUGGCCAUUGACAUGUUACAAGACCACUCUGAGCCCAUGUCCCCAUCUGUAAAAGGGCCUACCACCACCUACCUCACCGGGGUGUGAAAAGUACCCUGAAGCACUGGGCACAGCUCUACUCAAUAAAUGAGUACUUGUCCAGGACCACAGACAGGCUGGUUCAGAGGCCUCCAUGUCCUUCCUUUCUUAUGAUUAUUUCCCUGUGGCACAACCUUGGUCCUGUAGCCUAGCCUUCACAUUUGACGUCUCGCUGGGAACUACCACCUCCAGGCUGUUGUACUGAAUGAGUGGGGAUCAGCACUCACACAGGAAUAGUGUUGUCUUGAAAGGCUAACCUCCCUCCCGCAGUCAUCCUCAGGCACCAGUCUGUGUCAGGUGUCCUGUCCAUCACUGCAGGGUUGGGUUAGGGCCCUGCCCACAGGACCUGCACAACUGUUGGUGGUACAGCCUCUCAAUGGUGCCUUCCUGGGUAGGCUCCUCCUCAGGAGCCCUGGGUUGGGAAGGACUUGUCCCGCAGGACAGUGGCCUGUGUCCCAAGUAACCCAUGAUUCGAGGAUCAGGAACAAGCAGAGGUAGGAUACACAGCAUAACUGACAGAGGCCUGAUGAGGUUUCCAGUUUUUGAAACAUCUUGGCAGCAUUUGGUAACUGCCCUGAAUUGUAUGGGAGAAGCCUUUGUAUCAAAAGUGUGAACGAGUUUUUCCUGAUAAAUCUUCCUAAAAGAAGAUCUAGGCCACUCAUAACAUAGAAUCCCUCUCAAG